AGGGACCUUCAGCAGCUGGAGGACAGCACGCAGCUCCCCCUACUGGCGCACUUCUCGGAGACGGUGGAGGGGUUGACCACCAUACGGGCGUUCAGAUACGAGGCCAGGUUCCAGCAGAAACUUCUAGAACUCACCGACUCCAACAACAUUGCGUCCCUUUUCCUGACCGCAGCCAAUCGCUGGCUAGAAGUGCGCAUGGUGAGUGCGGCUGGGCACUUACUGUACGCAGAUGGGAGGGGGGAGGAGUAUCUGUGUCCAAUCACAUCUUCCCUUUCUUCACAUAUUCCUCCAUGGGCCGGACACAAGACAUCCCAGCUGAGUCUCCUCAGGGGUGGUCACAUAAUGGACUUCCCAGCAGUUGUACUUCAGGUCCAAUCACACAGUAGUAAACCCAGUAGAUGUUCCUCAGGGUGGGUCAAACACAGACAUCUGGUGGAUAUGCCACGGUCCAGUCACACAAUGGACAUCCCAAUGGAUGUUACUCCCAGUGGACAUUCCCCACAAGACAGAUUCCACCUG